AUGGCACCAACGUACGCUCUCGAGACUGCAAAGCCGUACGCUUUCCGCUUCGACCCCAAGAGGACAGCUCUGGUCAUCAUCGACGUGCAAAAGGACUUUGUCGACCCUGCUGGCUUUGGUUCUAUUCAAUGCGGUUCCGCCGAAAUCUUCGCAACCGUGAGAUCGGUGGUCAGUCGAAUCAAGACUGCACUCGGUGCCUCCAGAUCGCUAGGCCUCCAUGUCGUCCAUACACGUGAAGGACAUGUUCCAGAUCUCUCGGACUUGCCAGCAAGCAAACGCUAUCGCCAGGUGAACAGCCCUUCCGGACAUCACACACUCGGCAUCGGGGACCAAGGGCCGAUGGGUAGGCUGCUGGUAAGAGGCGAGGAAGGGCACGAUAUUGUCAAUGAGCUGGCGCCACUUCCUGGCGAGUGUGUGAUUGACAAGCCCGGCAAAGGGAGCUUCUGGGCGACGGAUUUACAUAGAAAGCUCAUGGCCAGAGGGAUCACGCAUUUGCUUUUCGCCGGCGUUACAACCGAAUGCUGCGUCACGACAACUCUGCGCGAGGCAAACGACCGCGGCUUCGAAUGCUGCAUCCUUUCCGACUGCACCUCUGGCUUCAACGUCAGCUUCGUGCAAACGUCCAUGGACAUGGUUUGCUCAUACGAUGGUCUUUUCGGAUACAUCGGUUCGAGCACCGAGCUGCUAUCGUUACCCAGUUCUGUGUCACGAACGCCACCGACCGCAACUUCCAAAUUACCUGGUGAUCUAGGUCUGGAAAGCCUACGUAACCAGUAUUCGAAGGGAUCAAAUGAACCUGUGCGUCUUGUCAACAUGGUUUACGAUCGAAUAGAGGAAACCUCCGCCACGCACCCAAACGUUUGGAUCCACCUUCGACCACGCGAAAUCGUCAUUGAAGAGGCACUCCGUCUUAAACAAGCCUUCGCAGCAAGACCUCUGCCUCCCCUUUACGGCAUCCCCUUCGCCGUCAAAGACAACUUUGAUGUUGCAAACCUCCCUACGACAGCAGCUUGUCCGGCAUACUCCUAUACUCCUUCACAGUCUGCGCCCUCAGUGACCGCAAUCCUGGAGGCGGGUGGACUGCUGAUUGGCAAGACAAAUAUGGACCAACUGGCCACCGGCCUCAGUGGCUGUCGCUCUCCGUUUGGCUCAACGACGAGCGUCUACGGCAACUCCAAAUUCAUCUCAGGGGGCUCCAGUUCAGGUUCUGCAGUAUGCGUCGCUUCUGGGAUGGUGACGUUCGCUCUCGGGACGGACACAGCUGGCUCUGGCCGCGUUCCUGCUGCACUAAACGGGAUCGUCGGCUACAAGCCAACGAAGGGCACGAUCUCCGCACGCGGCGUGGUCCCGGCAUGCAGAAGCCUCGAUACGGUGUCGGUCUUUGCGACGUGCGUUGCGGAUGCGCGGAGUGUAUGGCAGGUCCUGGAUGUUUACGACCCGGAGGACGCUUAUGCGAAACUCCCUGGUACGCUCCCUCUCAGCGCAAUGGACUAUCGCGGCGUGGAGAACGCAGGAUUCACCUUCACUGUUCCGCCGCCCUCUGCGCUAGAGGCGUGCACCCCGGAGUUUCAAACUCAAUUCUGGCGGUCGGUGCAGAAGCUGGAGGCGUCUGGUGGACGUUUUCUGUCCAUUUCAGACGCCGAUUUUGAGCCCUUCCGCAUCGCAAAUAGUCUCCUCUACAGCGGUACGCUGGUCAACGAACGCAUCGCCUGCAUCGGCGCAGACUUCCUCACGAAGAAUCUCGAUCACCUCCAUCCCACAAUCAGCAAGCUGUUCGGAGCUGUCCUCGCUCGAGAAGCCAAACCGUACGAAGUAUUUUCAGAUCAAAUGACGCAAGCAGAAUGCACGCGUAGAGCUCAAAUGCUCCUCGAAAGGAUCGAUGUCAUGGUCCUACCAGCUGUCCCUUGCCAUCCUACGAUCGAAGCGAUGGACAGAGAUCCCAUCAGUCUGAAUGCCAAGAUGGGCGAAAAUACCCACUUCGCGAACGUGCUGGACCUUUGCACCGUCAAUGUCAACGCAGCAUUCUAUCAAGGAGACGAAGGUACGAUGCCCUUUGGCAUCAGCUUGGUGAGUGGGAUGGGGCGGGAUGGACGGCUGAUGGAUGUGGCAUCGUUUGUUGAGCGUUGCUUUGGUACGGGGGAAGACGUAUAG